UUUUCUUAUUUUCACAACUAGCUGUGUAUGUUGUACACAUGUCCGUGACGGGGUGCGUGAAAUUUACGAGUACGUGAACGGUGUGCGAAAUGAUGCUAAUUAGGUAGCCAGGGGCCCCGUGCUCGGGAUAAAACGGUUUCUAAGGUUCUAAUGUCAACAAAUGUACUGCCUUGAAGGUUUCUCGGUGGUGCGCAUAAGCUGUGCAAGCAAGCAGGGAAGGAGCGUUUGUCUAACUCUAGCUGCUGCGUUACAUGCAGGAACGUAACGCUAGCGUGUAUACUAAGCGCGGUGUACUAACACUCACGUACUUGUGCGCUUCCGUUCAGUCAGUUGAGUUUGAUUGUUUGUUUUUUUUUUUGUUUUCUUUUCUCGUUGUGAUUUUUUUUUCUCUCUUUCGUGUGCUGAUAUUAACUGCACAUUUGCUGUAUUGUUUGUUUUCCCAAAAAAAAAUUCCAAACCAAUUUUCGACAAUCUCAAUGAGUUUUGCGAGUUGUCGAGCAGUUCGGGUUCGGGUUUUUCGGAUUGCCCGUGUAGUUGAUGAUUUACACAGCGAUAUCCCGCACGCGGGGAUACUGGGAUUGAAGGCAUAUAUCUCACGAUUACAUAAAUAAACAUGUAGGUGGCGGCGGGCGUACAUCGGGGCUAAGGGAAGCGACAAUUCAACGCACGUAACCAUGCGCUCGGGACGGGUUUGAGUAACAAAAAAAAACCCGUGGAGGAAACCUCAUUCUACCGGACGAAGUGAGAGAGUGCGACCGCAAGCAAGAGAGAGAAAGAGAGAGAGAUAGAGAGAGAGAGAGAAAGAUAAAUAGAGAAUAUAAAAGGUGCGAUAUCUAACCAUUUGCUGGAUGCAAGAAACCAUCUUUACCGCGUGAGCACACCGGCCAUUGUACGGGCCCGAAGGCGAGAGAUAUUUUCCCAACCACCCCACCACUCCCCACCCACCCCCCCAGCCCACCAUUUCGUUUUUGCGCUCUCAGCACGCGCGCAAUCCGAAACGGUUAUCCCGUCGGGUUGGACCAGUACAGCCGUGUCCGAAACGGUGUGGACUGCACCAUUAUCUAUUCGUCCGGACCGCAUCAAGCGCAUUUGGAGCGUGCGAACAGCUUACACCAGAGCGCGGCAGAACAGUGACAGGACAUCAGCCGGUACGGACUCGCUUGCGACAACGGUCACGCGUCAAACGGGCAUACGCAGCGGGGAUAGCGAUAACGCGAUUCUUGUUUUGUCUCGUUACUCGGGGCUGGUGCGCGACGGUACACCCGAUCGAGCACGUGCAAAGGGGAAACAAACACAAAAAACAGUUUGCGGAGAAACCCAGUGUGCGUUAGAUAAUUUACCGCUGUAGACAAAACAAACAAAAAACCCAAAGGUCGCGGACGUCAGACGGACAAGCGGGUCCACCUCUCCGUCACGGUGGAGCCAACGCCAACGGUCGAACCGGUGGCGAUGGCCCCGGAUACGAUUCCGGCGACCGGUUCGUCUGACUCGUCCGGGACCACGUCCAGCGGCUCUACGACACUGCUCAAGCAGGUGCAUCGUAUGCUAACGCCACCGGCCGAUCUGCUCGAAUGGAAGGAUAUGCCACAGCAUCUGCAGUUCAACCCGUACGUGCUCACCGGUUACCGGCCACUGCAGGGUGUGAAGGGUUGCCUCAGCAGCCUGUUCUACGUACACAAUGAAACCAUCAAUAUUCUCACACACGGCAUUCCAAUUGUCUACAUCCUGGCAACAGUGCCGGCAAUGAUGCCAUGGGAGAAAGAUUAUCGCUUUCUGUCGUGGUGUCAUCUGGUCGGUUCCGUUGCACCAUGGUGCGGCAGCUUUGUCUACCAUCUGUUUAUGAAUCUGGAGAACGGCGAGGGCAUCUACUACCGGCUGCUACAGCUCGACAUGCUCGGCAUAUGGAUCAGCCAAAGCUUCGGAGCGUUACCGAUGGUAACGGCAACGGUAUACUGUUUAAAUUUCCCAUUAAAAUGGUUGCUCAUCAUUUCCUACUCGCUGCUGUGCAUUUGGGGCCUCUACAAGGCAAUGACGGCUUCAUCGCCUUGGCAGCGACGGUUAUGCUUUCUGCUGCCGUUCAGCAUGCGUAUCAUACUCACGUUGCUGCGAAUCUCGAAGCUCGGUGGCGGAAAUCCUACCUCACUCACUCACGUCUUUCUGCAGGAUGCCGUGUCGGCCGUGGGUGGAGUAAUUGGAGCGAUGCAUAUCCCCGAGAAAUGGUUUCCCGGAAGUGUUGACAUCUAUUUGAACUCGCAUAACAUCAUGCACGUCCUGGUGGUUGUUGCCGUUUACUCCAUGCACCAGGCUACCAUACGAGACAUCGAAUGGAUGCAGCGGGCAGAAUGUAAUGGGCUCAACUAUACCUCAACGCUUAACAUAGACUCUAUCAACGGGUCACACCUGGAGCUAUGACUUGUACCGGCAGGAGUAGCAGCAGCAUCCUUAGCUCAACCGUGUGCUCCAACCAACCCGGUGCUGACCGUCGGGCGGGCGGGCCCUGUCUGCCACGCUGCCAGCAGCCGCUGACCCACAUCCUGUACAGCCCGGUCCCGUCAAUUUGGUGUUUUCGAUUCAUCAAACCGUUCGAAACGGUGCGAUUUGCGAGCCGUGUGUUGAAGUGCGCCUUCGAUAAAACUAAUUAGGCACUGUCGUCCACAAGCAAGCAAAACGGAAAGCAACAAACAAACCGAAGCACGUUUGCAAACCGGUAGUGUGGAGGCAGCACUACUGCCCCCCGGGUAAUGGAAUUAAUUGUGCCCAGAACCAAAGCCACCUACAGACAAGACAUUCACACACACAUACAUACACACUCAUUCAGGCUUCCUCAAACUAACAACAUUCUACUCCAACCACUUGAGCUUGCUGUUUGCCGUGCACUGGUAAAGGCUACUACAAAAUGGCCGCUGAACUGUGCUUCCCUUGGUCGCAUUGCUUCAUGUUUGGAACCAAAACGGGAUGGACUCUUCCACGCUCCAACCCGGUAGGAAUAUCUCAUGUGUCUUCUCCUUCCAAAUAAUAGACACAUAUAAACACACACACACACCAAUACAAUGACACAUACGUUUCGAUACGCUUGUGAUCGAGUGAGGUGCCUGAACGAGUACAUUGGGAAGACGAAGAACAACAAAAAAACAGAAGAAAAAACAAUACUCCAGUUUGGCCGGUGAAGCGAGACCCCUCUUAAUGUGUAAGCGUAUAAAGAAAAACAUUUGAAGAAGAAAAAAAACCUGUGCUGAUGCUGGGAUACAGUCCUAGUGCUUUAGUCUGUAGCUGGGUCAACGGGCUCGUUGACGUUUGGGGUCUAAAAGUAGUAGUGCGGUGCAGGUUAAACGUCACAAGUGAGGGUUACUAAUCAUCUGGCUGUCAAAACACGUAGCAGUCAAACUAACACACAUUCUAUCCUCUCCUUCUUUCACUAAUCCUCGAUCUCUAUCUCUCCUCUCUUCUUCUUCUCUUCCACUGAUUGCACUUGUUUGAAAAGAGUGUAUAUCCGUGACGCUCCGUAGUAUACAAUAUGGCGGCCAGUGUGCGGUACACGCGCUGCCUAGUGAUGCACGUGGAUAGAAAUUCCUAAUUGCUACUUACUACCAGUAGAUAGAACAAAAUUGAGACAAUUCAUAUUGAUUAUCGUGUGCGCGUGUGUGUGUGGGUGUGUGGGUGUGUGUGUGCAUCAGCAUACGUAGCUUAAUGUCGUCUAGGUUAACAUUAAUGAAAAGCGUAGCUUUAGCGAAAGUGUUGGCCCGAAUCGCUUUAUGGCUGACCAUCAUCGGCAGCCAUGUUUUGCAAAUUCCAUCUCUGCACACAUACACACACCCCGACACACUCACGCACGCACACACACAAACACACUCUGUCUGCCACACGAGUCCGGGUACUUCGUGAGGCGUUUCUUUGCGUUUUGCUUUCCACCGUCUGUGCGGAACAUUGCAAAAAAACAAAACCCCCCUUCCACUUUGGUGUCGAACGUUCCCCACCAGUCCCGGACAGGUGUGUUCCACGUCAAAGGUUAGCAAUCCUUCGUUCGUCGUACCUUUUUACCGUAGGAAACUAGCUAAGAAACUGUUACGAAAGGCUGUUUAAGUAUUAAUUUUCCCAAAAAAAAAAAAACAAUGCUCUAGCGUUAAGAAUAGACUUACUAUACCUGUGGCAACACACACACACACACAAGAAGCGUUGCUGCCGUUUAGCAACACUGUAUUUAAUGGAGAAGAAGAAAAAAAAACUAAAAAUAGCUAAAGAUGAAUACCAAAAACAAAGAAAAAAAACCCCGUUUAACAAAACACAUUAUCGAUCUGUUUUCCUUCUGAUUCAAACACCUGGAACACCUUCCCCGCACCGAAUCGUCGUGCUUCUGAGGGGUUUUUCUUUUAUUUGUUACGUUUCGCGUAAUGCCCCGAAGUUUGUUUUGGGGAAACUGGUAUCUGUGAUCGCUUGACGUUGACAUUACUUCCCCAUUUACGCAUCUUUCCGAUUUCCUGAACCCAUUUUCCUUUUUUAAUUGCCAUUUUGUGUUUGUAUGUGUUUUGGGUGUGUUUGAAACUAUUCUUCCAACUAGCAGAUUCCAGCACAUCAAAUCUGUUCCGGUCGGUUUUUUUUUCUGGGGGAUGCAUUUUCGGUUUUUGCGUGUUAGGUUUGAUCGUUCCAUCUGGGUAAAAUCUGAACUUCUGCUUGAUAAGCUACAACCGACACACACUUUAUGAAACAAAAGCUUUAUUAGCUAUUAGCUUGUAGUGCAAAAUGUUAGCGAACCUGCGAAUUAUGGAGCGUCUCCUUUAGUAUCUGCACAGUGUGCGUCAAGUCACUCUGUGGGGCUUCUGUUCCUUCAACGUGCAACACGUUUGUUGUGCAAUUUCUUGAACGUAUUUUUUUUUUGUUAUUUUCUAAUCUCCACCAUUCACCCUCCCAGUCCCUUUACUAGCUAUCGUUACAGCCCCUACACUAGGAGUGACACGUGAAAUGACCAGGAGUACACCACUCUUUAGUAAAAUGGCAAAUCCACCAAAAAAAAAAUAAAACACUACUGUGCAAUGUGAUAUUAUAUUUUUCGCGCUUUAAAGUGUUUAAUAGGUUUUUUUUCUGGGGAGGGGGAGGACUGCAGCAGCAAAUCAUGCAGAAAGAGAAAUGAAGCGUGGGUGAUUUGAACAUUCAAAGCAUUGGCUGAACAAUGAACCUUUUUGGGAUGAAAACAAAAUUUAGGCAAAAUGAUCAAGGUGAAGAUGAGUAUGGAAACCGUAAUUUCCCACCCUCCGGCAGAAAAGUAACAUGCAGAAUUACAAAGCAAAAACCAAACCAAAAAUCAAUUAAGCUGUAAAAUGAGCUUUCGGCGAACCAGGACGCCCGGAACCAUUCUUUCAUAGAAAAAAAAAUUUCCGCAAUUAGUGAUGGUAAACGAAAACGAACCCGUCGUCACCAUGGUAGCGUUACCGUUGCUUACCGUUACCGUUACGACGACACAAUUCCACUAGCGGCUUUACGUUACGCGGACUGGCUCGCCCCCCUGCACAGCGUAAUCUCUAACUAGUUGAAGUUUAUCACCAUCCUUAAAGGUUACCGUACUGUUUUGCUUCCUUCAAACGUUAUUCGUAGCGAAACACAUGAAAACAAAAGGAGAAAGAAGAAGAAAAAAAAGGUGAACAAACAGAAAUAACAUAUAAAAACGUAACUAAAAUAAUAGAAAUUUAUACAUAUGUAAAACUCACAACAAUUACUUCAAUAUUAGCUACACAGCAUACACAAUACACAUUACGCGAACAUGCAGUACGAAACACACACACAAGAGAUCGUAUCGUAAAAGCUAGAAAAUAAUUGACGUUGACCAAAAAUGAAGAAACAAACAAAAAAAACAGUAAAAUCCAAAGCUAACACACACACACACUCAUAUAAACAAACACGCAAAGACAUACUUCGAUCAAGUUAUUUCUGGAACUUGAGAAUCGUACAUUAUGUAAUCUAAUGGACUUGUUUUAGUGAGUUUAGGAAAACAAAUAUGAAAGAAAAUAAAAACAAAACUGUAGGAAACCUUCCAUUGAAAUAAAGCAAUAAUAUAUACAAAGUA